AUGUUUAUAAAUCAUUUCAACAUUUUAAAUCUGUCAGAGAAUUCAGAGAAUGCGAAAGACUUAAAGGACCUCGUAAAAGAACCUUUAAAAGCUCUUAAAGCUCCAUUAAGUAUGCUCUUAAAAAAGUUCAUUAAAAAGCUUCUUGAGAAUAAUGAAAAAGCGGCUGAUGAUAAAAAGUUGCCUGUUUUUGCAAGUACAAGUCAUGUCUACACUGAUGCCGUUGAAGUUUCUCUAAAGAAAGAAGAAUCAUUAGUUGUUAAAAUGUGA